AGAAAUAGACUAUUGAAGCUGGUAGGAGGAGAAAUGCCUCUGCUGUCGGGAUGCUGCCAGAGCCUGGUCACAAAGGCAGCAAUUUGUCUCCGGGUUGAAUCUCUAAAGGGCUGCUGAUCUCUGAAAGAAGGCAACUCGUAAUGGUGAUUUGAGUAGGACAGCAUGGAGAAGCUGGAAACUGUCGUUUGAGGGAUGUAACCUGAAGUUGUAAGAUGAAGACUGCUUUCCCAGGAUUUCCAGCAUAAAACUAUGACAGUCCUGCUCAAACCUGAAGGCUGGUUAGGAGGAAGAGGAACCACUGAUAUAUGAAGAUGAAACCAUGAAGAGAAAGCAGAACGAAUAAUAAUGCUUUUCCGAAACCGUUUUCUGUUCUUGCUGGCUUUGGCAGCCUUAUUAGCCUUUUUGAGCCUCAGUCUACAAUUCUUGCAUUUAAUCCCAGUAAACCCUGUGAGGGAAGAUGGGUUGAAUCCUAAGAGCAGAAAGAGAAUAAUGCCUGAUUUGCUGACUGAGCCUCCUGUAAUAGAUCCUGUUUAUGAAGCUCACGUUUACUGCAAUAUUCCCACCAUUUCUGAACGCAGCAUGGAAGGACAUGCACCUCAUUAUUUUAAGCUGGUGUCAGUCCAAGUGUUGAUUCGACACGGCGAUAGGUAUCCACUGUAUGCCAUUCCCAAGACAAAGAGACCUGAUAUUGACUGUAUGUUGCUGCCUAGCAGGAAACCUUCUCAUCCUCAGCUUGAAGCUUUCAUUAAACAUAUGUCCAAAGGGUCUGCUGCCCAAAUGGAUGGCUCCCUAAGCAGCCUGCCUCGUUACCCUAGUCAUUCGUUGUGUGAAAUGGGAGAGCUUACACAGACAGGGGUUGUACAACACUUGCGAAAUGGACAACUAUUACGAGAAGUUUAUAUAAACAAACACAAGCUGCUCCUGAGUGACUGGACAGCAAAACAGCUCUACUUGGAGACAACAGGAAAAAGUCGAACCCUGCAGAGUGCGUUGGCGCUGCUCUACACCUUUUUGCCAGAUUUUGACUGGAAGAAAAUUAACAUGAGGCAUCAGUGGAGCACCAUUUUUUGCUCUGGAAGCUGUGACUGUCCUAUGCGAAACCACUACCUAGAAGAGGAACAGCGCAGACAGUACAGUUUACGGGUGAAAAACAAUGAUUUGGAGAAAAUUUAUGUGGAUAUGGCAAAGAUUGUAGGCAUUCCCACUAGGCAGUUGAGAGCUUCUAACCCAAUAGACUCUCUCUUGUGCUAUUUUUGCCACAAUGUCAGUUUUCCAUGUACCAAAACUGGCUGCAUUGGUAUGGAACACUUCAAAGUAAUCAAAAGACAUCAAUUGGAGGAUGAGAGAGAAAGACAAGAAAAGAAACUUUAUUUCUUGUAUGCAUUGUUGGCUACUCAUCCUCUCCUCAACCAGACUGUUAAUCGACUGCAACGUAUUGCAGAAGGCAAGAAAGAAGAAGUGUUUGUUCUUUACUCUGCACAUGAUGUCACAUUGUCACCUGUUCUUAGUGCCUUGGGCAUUACAGAGGCCAGAUUUCCUAGAUUUGCUGCUAGAUUAGUUUUUGAGCUGUGGCAGGAUGGGAAGAAACCCAAAGAACAUUUUAUCCGCAUCCUGUAUAAUGGUGCUGAUGUCACCUUCCAGACUUCGUUUUGUAAGGAUUAUUAUAAACGUUCCAGCAAGCCAAUGUGCCCACUAGAAAAAUUUGUCAACUUUGUCAAGAGGGAUAUGUUCUUAAUUUUUAACAGCACUAGUUAUUAUGAUGCAUGUCGUAGAAGACCACUGUAGGGAAGGAAGGUGGAAAGGAAGCAAUGUUGACUUGCGUAUCAGCAAAAGUCUGUAUUCUAGUUGAGGUGCAGUUCAGUUUUGUUAUUUCUUGUACUUGUAUGUGUAAGUACAAAAGGAUAUUGCUUGAAACAUUCUUCAAAUAGUUUUAUUUUCAUUCACUCUGAAGAUGGUCUCCAAGAGAAGAACAAAUACUGAGGGAGUGUUAUGUGUAUGUGUAUGCUCACGUAUGCUGUUACCUGUAACGAUAAAUCACAUGGGCUACUGUAACCUGGACGUUGCUUGAUAGAGUGAGAGAGCAUAGAUGUUGUUUCUCUGUAUUGCAGAGCAAUACUUGGAUACCAUAAGUUUAAAACCAAAUCCUCUAUUUUUUCCACCACCAUCUGACAAGUCAUUUUAAGCAGUUUGUAUCAAGGUCUGUAUGAAUUCCGGGCAUCUGCAUUAAACCAUUGCUAAGGAAUUCGUGACACUUCCUACUCAAAAAGAAGCCUCUUAAUGUUUAGGAGCUGGUCUUUAAAGCAAAGUGCACAUGUGUACCUGUGCAUACUUACCUGAGCAUGUACAAAUGAGCAUGUGCCUUUUUGACCUCACAGACCUAUAAAUACUUGGAUCUUGUUGCCAGUGCCAGAGAAGGGUGUACUGGAAAAUGGAUACAAAACUCUAUUAUUUGACCGCACUUUCAGCACUUUGAGUAGUUCAGACACAGUCUAGAGAUAUGUAAAGGUCUGUUGACAUCAAAAUAGAUAGCAAACACUAACAUUACCACUAAACCUGAGUGGGAAAUUAGGGUUAGAAAUGUUUUAUGGCGAAGUGUUGGGCUUUUUCCCAUUGUGAAUGUGUUCAAGCUGCUGUGCUGUGGAACAAAUCAGUGUUUUAGGAAUUUGAUAUAGUGACUGCUUGAGACAGCUUGACUAAACACUUAGAAAAUUUUGUAGUUGAGUUAGUAUUUUUAUGGACUAGGAAGCUCUUAUUUUGUAAGAUGGGACUUGUACAUAUUGUACUGUGUAUAUUUAUAACACAGUAGAUCUUUCUUACUUGUUUAGUUUGUAAAGACGUGAAACUCACUUUUAGACAUUUUUCUCCUUGAUCAGGAUGUUUAGACUUAAGAAUAAACUGUCUUUUAUGGUUAACUUGAACAAUGAGUAGAUGUGAAAACUUGUACUUCAAACUGCUUUCAUCUCUUUAGGAGCAGUAAAUUGAGAACAAAUUUUUAAUAGAAUUCAUAGGAAUUUUAUAAUGGUGGAGGUUUUACCUCUAUAAAUAAUUUAGUCUGUGACUUGUGAUUCAAUGGUGCUAGUUUAUCAAAGAAAACAUAACUCAGCAUAAGUUCUCUGACUAUUGGCAUUCCACUCUCUCUGCUUUCAAUGCUGCAUUUGAACACAUUUCUUUAAAUAAAACUUUGGGGACUCUUUGUA